UCCUUUCUUUCCUCCAAGGUUAACUGCGCGCUCGACUUUUCCCUUCUCACCUCCGCUCCCAAUAAAAACUCUACCAGGCAAGGAUAAAAAAGACUCAGGAGGGAGAGAUAACUUCGUCUUCUCCAUUGCUUUGGAUUCUCUCCGCAGCCUUCUCUCCAUGACUGUCUUCCUUCCUCUCCCCUGCUCCUAAUAAAAACUCCGUCAAAAGAGAGAGAAGACACGAGAACCAGAGAGAGAGAGAGCGAGCUUCUUGUCCUUCUCCAUGGGUUUGGCUUCUUUCAAGUGCCUUCUCCUUUUCCUACUCUCUCUUCUUCUCCACCCAGAGACUAUCUGGGGAAAUGCAGAGCUGAGAGCGCUCAUGGAGGUGAAAGCGGCGUUGGACCCGGGGGGGCGGAUCCUGAGUACAUGGACGAGCGACGGGGACCCGUGCGGGGGAAGCUUCGAGGGCGUGGCGUGCAACGAGAACGGGAAGGUGGCCAACAUCUCGCUCCAGGGGAAGGGCCUCGCCGGCUCCAUCUCGCCGGCGGUGGCGGAGCUCCGGUACCUCUCUGGACUAUACCUCCACUACAAUGCGCUCUCCGGGAAGAUACCCAGAGAGAUCGCUAACCUGAACGAGCUCAGCGACCUCUACCUCGACGUUAACAACCUCUCCGGCGUUAUUCCGGAAGAAAUCGGCAACGUGGCCAGUCUCCAAGUUCUGCAGCUUUGUUGUAACCAGUUGUCUGGGAGUAUACCCACCCAACUGGGGCUUUUGAAGAAGAUUAAUGUUCUUGCCCUGCAGUCGAAUCACUUAACUGGUGCAAUCCCUGCAAGCUUAGGGGAUUUAACUCAGUUGAUGCGAUUGGAUUUAAGCUUUAACCAGCUUUUUGGUUCAAUCCCUGUUAAGCUAGCUCAACUCUCCCAGUUGGUAGUGUUAGAUGUUAGGAACAAUUCACUAUCUGGCAGUGUUCCUUCUGAUUUGAAAAGAUUGGCUGAUGGAUUUCAGUAUGGGAAUAAUGCUGAUCUUUGUGGAAAUGGAUUCCCUUCUCUGAGAGUUUGCACUUCUUCUGAUCUCUUCAAUCCCAAUAGGCCUGGUGCUGGUAUAUUACCGCAGGAGAAUCCAUAUUCGGCUAAUCUCAACGUGCACUGCAACAAUACCCACUGCUCCAACUCUUCAAAAUCAGCUGUAGCAAUUGUUGUUGCCAUUGCUGCAGUUGUGUUUGGAGGAACAAUUUCAGGCCUUUUGGCCUUUUCCUGGUAUCGACGCAGGAAGCAAAAGAUUGGCAGUCCAUCGGAGGUCUCAGAUAGAAGGCUUAGCGCCGAUCAGACCAAGGACUUUUACCAAAGGAGUGUUUCUCCCCUCAUCAGCCUUGAGUACUCUAAUGGGUGGGAUCCUUUGGCUGAUGGGAGGAGCAGCGUUGGGUUCUCUCAGGAAGUUUUACAGAGCUUUAGAUUCAAUCUAGAGGAGGUGGAGUCUGCGACUCAAUACUUCUCGGAUGUUAACUUUCUUGGAAAAAAGAGCAGCUUUGCUGCAACUUAUAAAGGGAUCCUGCGAGAUGGGACCAUGGUUGCAGUGAAGAGAAUCAACAAGACAAGCUGUAAAUCGGAAGAGGCUGAGUUCCUUAAGGGGUUAAAGAUACUGACUUUGCUGAGACAUGAGAAUCUUGUUGGGCUGAGGGGAUUUUGCUGUUCGACAGGAAGGGGAGAAUGCUUCCUUGUUUACAAUUUUGUUGCUAAUGGAAGCUUGUCACGGUAUCUGGAUGUGAAGGGCGAUGAAAAUGGCCGAAUUCUAGAUUGGCCCGCAAGAGUUUCUAUCAUCAAAGGCAUUGCCAAAGGCAUUGAGUAUUUGCACAGCAACAAGACAAACAAGCCCUCUCUGGUUCACCAAAGCAUAUCGGCGGAGAAAGUCCUUAUCGACUAUCAUUUUAAUCCUUUGCUCUCUGGCUCCGGCCUGUACAAGCUUUUGGCCGAUGAUGUUGUCUUUUCGACCCUCAAAGCCAGUGCUGCCAUGGGUUACUUGGCCCCUGAAUACACUACUGUUGGCCGGCUUACCGAGAAGAGUGAUGUGUAUGCCUUUGGCAUCAUUGUGUUUCAGAUUUUAACAGGGAAGAGGACCACUCACUUACGGCUGGGAGCCGAGUCUGGAAAUCUUGAAGACCUUAUUGAUGAGAAUCUAAAUGGCAACUUCUCCAAGCCAGAGGCAGCUAAAUUGGCAAGCAUUGCUUUACUUUGCACGAGUGAAGCUCCAAACCAGAGGCCAACAAUGGAGGCCAUCCUUCAAGAGUUGAAUAGCAGCUGCUGAAAGUGGCUUGUUCCUGUCGAAUUUUCUUAACAAAGAAUCCAAAGUCCUUGGCUGAAGAGAAAGGGAAAUGUGUUGCUGAUGCAGAACCAUUUGGCUGUCCUUUACAUAGGAUUUGGAUCUUGUAAUGUGUUUUAUGUCUGACUGGGCUUAUUUACCCUUGUAGGGGGUAAGAGCAUGUGAUCUCUUUAUGGCUCUUGAGACAAUUAGAGAGGAAACAGAUGAAACCAGCUGGUGUAACUUUUUCUUUUCUUUGAUCCUUGUGCGUCAGAAUAAUGUCCAAAUUCCAUAUUGUGUAGAUUGUGAGAUGAUUCCAUGCAGAAAGAGCCAAGCGCUUUGGGCAACAUGUGAUUCCCAUAUGGAUGCAUGUCUUUUGUUGUGGCCUACUUUCCCAAGUGUGGCCACAGGCAAAUGACAACUAAUGUCUGUGGUCAUUCUGCUCCUCGGAAUGGGACCAUUCUGGAUGAUGGGCGUUCGGCAAAAACUCAUAAAUAUUAAAUUUUGUUGCUUCCUUCU